AUGGCUUACGGUGAUCAGAAAUUUCCCACGCAGAAGCAAGACGAGCUCCCUGGGAAAGAGCAUGGCAUGAAUCCGAUACCUCAAUUCACCAGCCCCGACUACAAGCCCUCAAAUAAACUCCAAGGGAAGGUGGCACUAAUUACCGGCGGGGACUCUGGGAUUGGGCGAGCCGUGUGCAAUGUGUUUGCCUUGGAGGGUGCCACUCUGGCCUUCACAUAUGUGAAGGGAUGUGAAGACAAGGACGCCGAGGACACGCUUGAAAUGAUCAAGAAGGCAAAAACUGUGGAUGCCAGGGAGCCCGUAGCCAUACCGGCUGACCUGGGUUUUGAUGAGAACUGCAAGAAAGUAGUGGAUGAGGUCGUCAAAGCGUUUGGCCGAAUUGACAUUCUGAUCAAUAAUGCGGCUGAGCAGUACGAGGCUGGAUCUGUGGAGGAGAUUGACGAGCAAAGGCUCGAGAGGGUGUUCAGAACUAAUAUCUUCUCCUAUUUCUUCGUGACCAGGCAUGCCCUGAAGCACAUGAAGGAAGGAAGCAGCAUCAUCAACUCCACAUCAGUGAAUGCAUACAAAGGAAACGCCAAAUUACUGGACUAUACAGCGACGAAGGGUGCGAUUGUGGCGUUUACGAGGGGUCUGUCCCGUCAACUGGUGAGCAGGGGAAUAAGAGUCAACGGGGUUGCCCCGGGACCCAUCUGGACUCCCUUAAUACCAGCUUCCUUCAAGGAGGAAGAAGUGGCACAAUUUGGAGCUCAGGUGCCAAUGAAGAGAGCUGGCCAGCCGAUCGAGGUUGCUCCCUCCUAUGUAUUUCUUGCCUGCAAUCAUUGCUCCUCUUACAUUACUGGCCAAGUCCUUCAUCCCAACGGCGGAACUGUUGUAAAUGGUUGAAGAUAAGUGGCAUACUGUCCUCUAAAAAC